UGCCCUGAAACCGCUUAUACUUCCGCUCGGGUCGGGUCACUGUACGCAUACGUACGACGUGUUGUCAACCGCGGCUCUGGACACUUCCACAGGGGGAUAAACAAUUUCUCUCCAUAGCAUCUCGCCUCUGUAAAUACUCCCCACUGCUCGCUGCUACCUACCAGAAUGAAUGUGGGUGUGGCACACAGUGAGGUGAACCCCAACACUCGGGUGAUGAACAGUCGAGGGAUCUGGCUGACCUAUGCACUUGGUGUUGGAAUUCUGCACAUUGUGCUCUUGAGCAUACCCUUCUUCAGCGUGCCAGUGGUGUGGACUCUUACUAAUGUCAUUCACAACUUUGGAAUGUACGUCUUCAUGCAUGCAGUGAAAGGAACGCCUUUUGAGACCCCCGACCAAGGAAAAGCCAGACUUCUUACACAUUGGGAACAGCUCGACUACGGCGUGCAGUUCACCUCUUCUCGAAAGUUCUUCACCAUCUCACCGAUCAUUCUAUACUUCCUGGCAAGUUUCUACACAAAGUACGACACAGCACACUUCGUCAUAAACACUGCCUCACUUUUGAGCGUCCUGAUUCCCAAGCUCCCGCAGCUACACGGAGUGAGAAUUUUCGGCAUCAACAAGUAUUAAGAUAUGGUAAACGCUGUGUCUCAUAGAAACCGAAGUUAAUUCCCACGUAGUCUGUAUCGCCCGAUGUGUGUACCAAGUUGUACAGUUUGUGUAAAACGCCACCGUUGUUGUCAGAGUCGUUGGGCCGAAGAUGAAAUGUUUCCAAACCAUGAGUAUGUUUGUAGAUGACAGGAUGCCAUAUGCAUUACAACCUUAUGUGAAUAUUUAAUGAUGUAUAUUUGGCCUGUAUUGACCUGGGCUGGCCCAGGCAUUUUUCAGGCAUUUGGUUAAGUUCAGGUUCUUUUUUUUCCUUUUUCUUUGCCAUCAAUUCACACGGCGUUGAGUACGACUUUGUCUCUACCAACAAAGUUGUCCCCAGUGUAUUUUCCAGAGAUGUUUACUCCCUGAGGGUUGGAGCCUGUGGCUCGUUAUUACACUCUAAUUUUGUAAUGGGCGUCAAAACUUGUUUUUGUGCUGAGCAAAGAAUGGAAUCAUACUCUUUUGUUUGCAUGAUUUCCUUGGUAUGUGAAUCAUUUUCCCACUUGUAACUCAGUCAAAACAGGGCAGUGUUUGUUUUUUUUCCCCUUUGUACAGUUUUAUUUGUGAAUGUUUUGUUCUGUAUGAUAAAAUAAAAGUCCUGUAUAUGGAAAUAAGACAAAUGGUGGUCGUUAGGUCAAGUAUUAAGUAAGGGAAGUCUGUGGUUUAUUGUGAUAAAACCCGUGUUAACUGGAUACCACUGUUUGUGUGAAUGAAUAUUGUAACAAAUCAGAAGGGCUAACAUGAAGUUUCAUUCAUCUAAAAAUGUAUUUUAUACAACGGUUUCAGUUGUACAAGAAAAAUCAUUGUGUACAUUUUUUAAAGGUUCAUCAGUUAACAAAAAAUGGCUGUUGAUCCCAAAAUCUCAACAUUUACAAAAUGUAUUUCUGUGUUUCUGUUCGGAUUUCAAUCCACUUACCAUGAGUUAAAAGAUAAUUUAUUAAACAGUAAAACCAAGCUUUUUUCAUCUGGACACUUGUACGGAGAGCAGCUCUGCCUUCUGUCUCUUGCAGCAGCUCUUAAAAAUAAAAAAAUAUUUGCUGUGAA